AUGGGUCUUCUCAGAUAUUUGUUGCUUGCCUUCGCCGGUGUGACGCAAUGCCUUGCUCAGAGCAACGGAACAAAGCCAAACAUCGUCCUUAUUUUCACAGAUGAUCAGGAUCUUCGCCUUGGGUCUAUAGACCAUAUGCCCAUCCUACAGAAGGAACUAAUCCAAAAAGGUACACAAUUCACCAACCAUUAUGCGACCAUUGCUCUGUGUUGCCCCAGCCGCGCCUCUCUCCUGAGAGGUCAGGCAGCGCAUAAUACGAACAUAACAAACGUCGACUCACCCGGUGGUAACUAUCAAAAGUUUAUGGUAUCGGGGGAGAGCGAUGAUUAUCUUCCUCACUGGCUUGUCUCGGCUGGCUAUAACGCGGAAUACGUGGGUAAAUUCAUGAACGGAUACACCAGAGCGAACUACCAGUAUGCUCCGAAGGGAUGGACGUACACUGACCUACUGGUUGACCCCUUUACCUACUUGUAUAACAAUGUUGUGAUGUCCCAGAACGGAGAAACCCCUAUUCAUUAUAAAGGCUUUCAUCAGCUAGACGUAAUACGGACCAAGGCACUUGAUCGGAUUGACCAGUUAUCUACCCAGAACAAGCCCUUUUAUCUAACGAUCGCUCCCUCGGCACCUCACGUUCAGGGGAAGUAUCGGCUACCUAAUCCCCAAGCGCGAUACAAGGGAAGCGCGGCGGGCUUGCAAAUGUCGAGGGGUGGUAAUUGGAACGCAAGCGACGAAAGCCAGGCUCAGAAACCAUCCUGGCUGAAAGAACUUGGAUACCUAGACUCUAUACUAGCCAACCGGAUUGAUAAUCACUACCAAGCUCGAAUUGAGAUUCUGCAGGGGGUCGACGAGAUCAUUCAGGAUGUCGUUGAUCGUCUGGAUAAACAUGGUAUCUUGGACAAUACCUACAUCAUUUAUACAAGUGAUAACGGAUACCAUCUGGGCAACCACCGAGUCUCUGCUGGGAAGACACUCCCGUAUCGCGAAGACACCAACAUGCCACUCAUCAUCCGUGGACCGCAGAUAAAAGCAAACGCGACAUCCAACGCGCCAAGUGCCCAUACUGACUUCGCUCCCACAUUCCUGGAGAUAGCCGGCGUCAAUUCCGCAGACUUUCCGCCUUUCCUCGAUGGACAGAGCCGCCUCAGCAACUGGCAUAACCCCCAGACCGCGUUACCGACCUGUCCUCUGAACGGCACGCAAGAGGUCAUCAACGUGGAAUUCUGGGGCAGCGGGGAAAUCGAGAAUCUAUUACAAGAGAAGCCGUCCAACAUCGGAAACAAUAGCUACAAGACACUGCGUAUCGCCGGGGAAGAAAAGGGGUACCUGUAUUCGAAGUGGUGCACAGGCGAGGAAGAGCUCUACGAUACGACGGCGGACCCGUACGAACUUCAAAACUUGGCGAAAGACCCCGAAGACGAAACCACGAAACAGCUUCUAAACCGUCUCAACGCCCUCCUCCUAGCAACUAAGUCCUGUGCUGACGCGACGUGCCGCAACCCCUGGAAACUGCUGCAACCGGAGGAAGGGCGUCGCGGCACCAUAGUCGACGACGAUACCUCGCUGACCAUCACAUGUCUCGACCAAGCCAUGGAUCCGAAGUACGACUCCCACUUUAACGACACCUCCCUCUUCCCUCGCGUCGCUUUCCAAGAGUGCAUGGAGUACCAGGACAUCACUAACGAGGCGCCGUAUCUGCCUCAGAACCCGGGGCUCGGGAUGGCGUACCGCAAGCCUACCGAUAAUUACUAUACCCCCAGCGUUAAGCUUUCUGCGCUGAUCGUCGGUAACGCGAAGGACCAGGGUGGCCCGGAACAGAGGAACGUGACGCUGGCCCAGAUCAUGGCUCAAUCUAUGAAGCUGACUCAGGCUCAAAUAGGCCAGGCCAGCUAG